AUGGAUACGGAGCAAACCUUGCAAAUAUUUUCUCCACGGAGUUCAAAAUUGAGACGGUUGAUGGGAGGAGGUAGAGGAAGUACAAGCAGGUCUCACAUCGUGUUUCUUUCAGUUGGAUUUUACUUAAUCGAUAACUCUUUUUGGGUUAAGAACCCGGAAUCUAUUGUGGAUCAUAUGUAUCGGAUGGGGUUAAUGGCUUUAAUCUGUACUGACAUUCCUGAGAUUAAUCGAGACAAAUGCAUAAAAAUGGCUAUUGUUCAUGAUAUUGCAGAAGCUAUUGUUGGGGACAUCACUCCUUCUGAUGGGAUUCGAAAGCAUGAAAAAAAUCGACGAGAGCGUGAAGCACUCGAGCACAUGUGUAAAUUACUUGGUGGAGGGCCACGGGCAAAGGAGAUAGAUGAUUUAUGGAUGGAAUAUGAAGAGAAUUCUACUCCAGAAGCUAAGAUUGUGAAAGAUUUUGACAAGAUAGAGAUGAUACUUCAAGCUUUGGAAUAUGAAAAUGAGAAGGAGCUUAGAUCUGAUCCUGCAUAUUUAUCUUACUAUUACUCAAAUGUCAAUCUGAACCCAAGGCUGCCACUGCCUCUGUUGUCCAAGGAGGAUUGGCAGUUUGCACAGAGGUUACAAGGAGGGAAUUCGACCAUUGGGGAUAGGAGGAAGGUGAAUAGGAUUGAUACUGAUGGUGUUGGGAGAUCCAUGUUUUCGAUGCCACCUGGAUUCAAUUCUAAGAACCAAGAGAGUGAGAUUGAGAUGGAUAACGUGCAGGGUUUUGGAGAAUGGGGUGUUGAUGGAUUGAUUGGCAGAUACUGGAACAAGCAGUUAACUGUGGCUAAGGAAGCUCAACGUGUAGAUAUCAUGUGUUAUAAAAUAUUCUUGAGUUAUAGGUUGCUGGAUGGAACUUCCAGAUUUGAAGAACUCCAUGAAUUUAUUAAAGAAGCGAAAGCCAAGUUAGAAAUUUGUAGAAAACGCAAGAACGAACAUUGUUCUCUACCAGUUAAUAAGCCCUUUACUAGGUUGCAAUCUAAGGCAAGUGACAACUUGGCACCAUCUGUAAAGGUGUCUGUUGCAGACAUGUCCAAGUCCAACAACCGCCUUGAACACAUGGAAACUGAUUUAUGGAUGGAAUAUGAAGAGAAUUCUACUCCAGAAGCUAAGAUUGUUAAAGAUUUUGACAAGAAGGAGCUUAGGUCUGAUCCUGCAUAUUUAUCUUACUAUUACUCAAAUGUCAAUCUGAACCCAAGGCUGCCGCCGCCUCUGUUGUCCAAGGAGGAUUGGCAGUUUGCACAGAGGUUACAAGGAGGGAAUUCGACCAUUGGGGAUAGGAGAAAGGUGAAUAGGAUUGAUACUGAUGGUGUUGGGAGAUCCAUGUUUUCGAUGCCACCUGGAUUCAAUUCUAAGAACCAAGAGAGUGAGACUGAGAUGGAUAACGUGUAG